GAAGAGCACUUGAGAACCAAUGUCUGCUGAGCCAUGCUAAGGGAUUCCCAAGAACUCAGCAGGAAAAGCCCAUCACUUCUCAUUUUAUGGAAGAAAAAUGAGGCAAGAGGAACUUAAAGACUUCCCUCAAAGGGAAGCCAAAGAGAGGCCUUCACAUCCUAGGCUUGGGCCCCUAGGUUGACUAUGGGGAACUCAGGAAGCUCCAAAGGUUGCUGUGGCCCCGCAGACUUACCCAUGAGAAUCCCUGCCUCCUCAUGGUGACUGGGAUUACCAACUAGUGUUCACUCUUGCCAGACUAGAGCUACGAUGAGUGGCCCUGAAGUUAAUUCCAGAGGGGUCAGACACACAGCCAGGCUCCUGUGUGUUUUGAUGGGGUUGGUAGAGACUGUUAAAAGGUCCUAUCACCCAGACUGUCCCCCUUCCCAAGCUGCAGCCCACCAAGGCUGGUCUGUUCCCUCCCCAGGGGUGGAGAAGAACAAGUGUGGGCUCAGCAAGUCCUGCCCAGACAACUUCUUUGCAUUUAAAAUCUGCAGUGGGGCCGCCAACGUCGUGGGCCCUUCCAUGUGCUUUGAAAAUGAAAUUAUCAUGAGUCCUGUGAAGAACAACGUGGGCAGAGGCCUGAACAUCGCCCUGGUGAAUGGAAGCACAGGGCACGUGCUGAGACAAAGCUCCUUCGACAUGUACUCGGGAGAUGCCAAACUCCUAGUGAAAUUCCUUGUAGAAAUCCCAGAGGGCAUGCUGGUGCUGGUGGCCUCCUACGAUGACCCAGGGACCAAAAUGAAUGACGAAAUCAGGAAGCUCUUCUCCAAUCUGGGGAGCACCUAUGCCAAGCAGCUGGGCUUCCGGGACAGCUGGGUCUUCUUAGGGGCUAGAGACCUCAAGAACAAAAGCCCUUUUGAGCAGUACUUGAAGAAUACCCCAGACACCAACAAAUAUGAAGGGUGGCCAGAGCUGCUGGAGCUGGAGGGCUGUGUGCCCCGGAAGGUAUUCUAGGCCAGCCGUAGCCCUUCCUGGGUCAGGAGCCCAGAGAACUUUCUGCCUGACUUGGGAGCAGAGCUCAGGGUUGCUGCGGCUGGGCCGGCAGGGGCAGGCCAGGAGGAAGAGGGACGUCGCCGUGGGGACAGUGCCCACCACCCUGCACAUAUGACCACUACCCCCUGCACCAACGAAGUGCCCUGUCCUGUGCCCUCUGCCCCCGCUGCCUGCUGAUGACAGCCUCAGGACUCUGUGGAGAGAACAGGGGUUCUCUGUCAGGCACUGUGGGUGGUCAUCCCCCCCACCAGGAUUGGCUGCC